UGUACUCCAUCCUGAGCACGGCCACCCUCCUCUCUCCCCUUUUUGCAUCUACAAAUUGGAUUAUUCUUUGCUUUUUUUUAUUGCAUUGGAUUGAUUUUUUUGUGUUUUUUUUUGCAUUGCACUAGGAUUUAUGCUUUUUUCCCACCCUGCAUCGGAGUCAGUGAUGCAACAGCAAGACCUCAGCUUCCUCCCAGCCUUGGAUGUCACCUGCAGGGAAUGAGGACACCCCAGCCUGAAGCAGGGGUGGGGACACCCCGUUUUUUGUGCUCCCCCCCAGGAGGGGAUGCUGUGAUUGUGGAGGAGAGCGUCGUCUGCCUUUACUGACAUUUAUUUUUUUCUAUUUAUUGCUCGGUGACAUAACGUGUGAUAGCGGGGCCUGGCGGAGGAGGAGGGGAGACUGCUGAGCUCGGCGAGCCCUCUCAAGAUGUCAGCCAGGACGCCAUUGCCCACAGUAAACGAGCGGGACACAGAGAAUCACACAUCCCUGGAUGGAUACCAGGAACCGCAAGUCCCUCCCACCAAGUCCAGCAGUAGACAAAGCCUCCCGCGAUGUCGCAACUCCAUAGCGUCCACCACCGACGAGCAACCGCACAUCGGAAACUACCGUCUGCUAAAGACCAUCGGCAAAGGAAACUUUGCCAAAGUGAAACUGGCCAGACAUGUCCUGACUGGGCGAGAGGUGGCAGUGAAAAUAAUUGACAAGACUCAGCUAAAUCCUACCAGUCUACAAAAGUUAUUUCGAGAAGUCCGAAUAAUGAAGAUCUUAAAUCACCCAAAUAUUGUUAAACUCUUUGAAGUCAUAGAAACGGAGAAGACAUUAUACUUAAUAAUGGAAUAUGCCAGCGGAGGAGAAGUGUUUGAUUAUUUAGUGGCUCACGGGAGGAUGAAGGAGAAGGAGGCGCGGGCGAAAUUUAGGCAGAUUGUGUCUGCCGUGCAGUAUUGCCAUCAAAAGUGUAUCGUGCAUCGAGAUUUAAAGGCGGAGAACCUUCUCCUCGACGGAGAUAUGAAUAUUAAAAUCGCUGACUUUGGCUUCAGCAACGAGUUUACCAUCGGAAACAAGCUGGACACGUUUUGCGGGAGCCCCCCAUAUGCAGCACCUGAACUUUUUCAGGGAAAGAAGUACGACGGCCCUGAGGUAGACGUGUGGAGCCUGGGGGUUAUCCUUUACACCUUAGUCAGCGGGUCGUUACCCUUCGAUGGGCAGAAUUUAAAGGAAUUACGGGAACGAGUUCUACGAGGAAAGUACCGUAUCCCCUUCUAUAUGUCCACGGACUGUGAAAAUCUACUAAAGAAACUGCUUGUUCUGAACCCUGUAAAGCGAGGCAGCUUAGAGCAAAUUAUGAAGGAUCGGUGGAUGAACGUUGGCUACGAAGACGAUGACCUGAAGCCAUACACUGAGCCCGAACCUGACAACAAUGAUACAAAGAGAGUAGACAUUAUGGUCACAAUGGGAUUUUCUAGAGAGGAAAUUACUGAGGCGGUAAUUAGCCAGAAGUAUGAUGAAGUCAUGGCAACUUACCUGCUCCUGGGAAAAAAACCUCCAGAGUUUGAAGGUAGUGAAUCCGUCUCCAGCAGUAACCUAUGUCAGAGGUCUCGGCCAAGCAGUGACCUGAACAAUAGCUCCGUGCCAUCCCCUGCCCACAUGAAGGUCCAGAGAAGUAUAUCAGCCAACCAGAAGCAGCGGCGGUUCAGCGAUCACGCUGGACCCUCCAUCCCCCCAUCUGUCUCAUACACAAAACGAGGACAGGCCAACAGUGUUGAAAGCGAACAGAAGGAGGAUUGGGACAAAAAUGGCUCCCGCAAGCUCAGCAGCGCCACCGUGGGGUCUAAAGGAGAAGUGACCGCUAGUCCCCUGUCCGGUCCAGAGAGGAAGAAAUCCACAACUGGCCCGAGUAACAGCCUGUUUCCUGGCAGCGGGAUGACCAGAAGAAACACUUACGUCUGUGAGCGCACUACUGAUAGACUCAAUGCUGUACAGAACGGGAAAGAUAGCAGCUUAACAGAGAUGUCUGCGGGCAGCACAUCCUCUACGGGUUCCGCAGUCUCCUCCACGCGACCUCGUCACCAGAAGUCAAUGUCAGCCUCAGGACAUCCCAUUAAAGUCACCUUACCGACUAUCAAAGAUGGUACAGAAGGCUUCCGGCCAAGCAGUGCAAACCAGAGAGUACCGGCCACGUCCCCUUCUGCUCACAGUAUUAGUACAACUACCCCGGACCGGACUCGGUUUCCUCGCGGAAGCACCAGUCGGAGCACUUUCCAUGGAGAGCAGCUCAGGGAUCGCCGCACUGCUACCUAUAAUGGACCACCGGCAUCACCUGCCCACGAGACCACCCAGUUCUCCCACAACAGGAGAGGAACGUCCACCGGUAUUAUCAGUAAGAUUACAUCCAAGUUCGUACGAAGGGAUCCAAGUGAAGUUGAAGCGAGUGGCAGAACAGACACCUCAAGGAGCACCUCUGGGGAGCCAAGAGAGAGCCAAAAAGAAGACCCAAAGGAUUCCAAGCCUCGUUCUCUGCGCUUUACCUGGAGCAUGAAGACCACAAGUUCCAUGGACCCCAACGACAUGAUGAAGGAGAUUCGCAAGGUCUUAGAUGCCAACAACUGCGAUUAUGAGCAGAAGGAGAGAUUCCUGCUAUUCUGCGUGCAUGGUGACGCCCGGCAGGACAGUCUCGUACAGUGGGAAAUGGAGGUGUGUAAAUUGCCUCGUCUGUCCCUCAACGGGGUGCGCUUCAAGAGAAUAUCCGGGACCUCUAUCGCCUUCAAGAACAUUGCAUCCAAGAUUGCGAACGAACUUAAGCUGUGAAAAUCUCGGGUUCAGGGAGAAUGUUCAACGCAACGUACAAAUGUCUGAAUGUACUGCUGGAUACUCCGUGCCAGGGAGCAGAACCGGGCUUCUCUACCAGUAAUGGGCAUUACGUCUCUUGGCUAUCGCGCACGCCUUUCCCCUUUAGGUUACAGAUUAAUGCCCUUACUGCAAUAAGGCUAUACAGAAUUCUCCAAUCAAUUGUAUAUUUUGAAAUUGCGUAUCCCCUUCUACCGUGAAUAAGCAGCCGGCCUCGUGUACAGCAAAUCCCAGAGAACAUUCACCACCCAGUCCAUGUGGAUAGAAUUGUAAAAUUGACAAUUGAUUGCUUUGCCCAAAGCAGAUCUUGUAUAGCUGGGUUUAGUUUUCUGUACAGACGUCUAUGUUCAGUGUUUUUUUGUUUUUUUUUUCAGACAACCACGUUCUUCCUUUUUUAUUUCGAUGAGAUGAUCCUUCAUUAUUUUCAACUUUUUUUUUUUUUCUUCAUAAAAGCCCUUUAUUUUCUUAACCCCUCAAAGAAAAACACAGGGUUCGCUGCAGAAAGUCCUGCCGAAUCGCCAACUCCAAAAGGGUUUUAUUCCAUAGGUGCUGGCUGGUUUUUGGCAGUGACCACCGUCGGGCUGUUAGAUUACCCUUUACACCCCAAAGAUGUUUACAGAAGAUGAAAUGUCCUACCCGGCAGUGUUUAGAGAGAGAUAAAGACAAUUAUGAUGACAGUGUUAAAGGUAAUUAAGAAAUUCUAUGUAAAACCCAGAGAAUAUUUUAUAUUUCGGUCAAGAUUAUCGGCAACUUUCUUAGGCUCUAGAACGGAGGUUCUUACGUCUGUUCCUUCGAGGUCCAAAUGCUGCUGUGCUUCGUAUGGUUGAAAGUUAGGGGUGCAGCCUGUCCCCCUCCUUCCCCAUAUCAUGUGUUACAUUCACUUCUGUUAUCGCAAUUUGUAGAAAAAGUUUAGGCGCCGACUCUGCCCUUUUUAAAUAUCAAACGUUUUUGCAAACCAGGAACGUGCUUAGGCCGUAAGUCAGUCUUAUGAACUUCAACUCUCACAAACCUCUGAGGAUAGUAGUCAACCUACCGGUGGGUCUGGUACUAUUAUAGGCUGGGCUGGUCGGGUGGGAUAGCCAUUAGGAACCCCUUUGCCACCUAUGCUAUGAUUGAAGUCUGUGCUGAAACCUCAUAUUGGUAGAAGACCAACAUGCCCCCUAGUGGUGAGGUGCUGACUGCAUGAGCAGGGGGUGUCAUUUCUAAUCACCAUGCAUAGGAAAAUUUUAAUCUGUAAUGUAAUUUGUGGAGUUUACACAUUGUACAGAUCUGUAAUGUGAGUUAUUGCAUACAAUAUGGCUGCUGCUCAACACUUAGACGUCUAAAUGUGGGGGCCCCGAUAUCGGUAUGUGUUGGUCCUGAGUUGUCCUGGGAUACUUAACAAGAGCCCACUGCAUGCCUGGCAUUUGGGAACCCAUAAGAAUGGCCUCGGUGGGCCCAAGGUUUUUGCACCUCUGCCUCCUCUAGUGAAUACCGUAAUACACUGGAGCUUCUACCUGAGCCAACGUCCAACAAUACUAGUGUCUCCGUGAAUCCAAAGCAUAUGUUUUUUAAUUUAAUUUUUCAACCUGUCGUUACCUAUGUGCAGAACAGCAUGAAAUAAUUGCCCGAUGACAAUUUUUUUUUUUUGAUUGGCAUUUAUUAAAAGGGUUGUCCCAUUACAGCAACUUAUCUUCUGUCCAUAGGAUCGGCCAAGUAUAUGACCUCUGGGGUACCUGCCGAUCGCGAGAACAGGGAACCCUUUUUUUCCAUGUGAAUGGAGCGGUGGACACCCAUGCGCGCUGCCUCUCCAUUCAGCUCUUACCCUGAUACCCGUGAAGACCCCAAGGUGUUGGCGAAACAUCUUUUGGGAGGGGCGGGCAGCAGUGUUUUAAGUUUUAACCGCACAACCCGUUAGUAUAUCUGCAUCCCCUAUCGUAUAUAAUGGGACAAUCCCUUUAAAAGGGUUUUUUGUUUUUUCCGUAUUGAUGACCUUUCCUUAGAAUAAGCCAUCAAUAUCAGAGCGGCCGGGGUCCGACUCCCGGCACCCCGUCCGAUCGGCUAUUUGAAGAGAAUGCAGCGCUGGUGCGAGUGCUGCUUGACAUCGGCAGGUGUAAUUACAGCCCCUCUGUCCCGAUCACUGGAAUGAGACCGAGUACGGGUAAGUGAAUGGGACGGCGUAGCGGUAAUUGCACAGCUCGGCGCUGCAGUGUCGAGGGCGAGCAGGUAAACAUUGAGCAUAUGAGUGCUGCCUUCGCAAACAGCCGUCAGCAGGGGUGUCAGCAGUCAGACCGCCACCAAUUUGAUAUUGAUGACCUAGGUCAUCAAUAUGGGAAAAGCAGAAAAUCCCUUUAAGGCUCUGUCCGCGUGUCUUUCCGUUUGCUACUGUCAGAGGGAUUUAUCAGCAGUAUUCACAACAGAAGCCUCUGACAUUUGCCGCGGUAUAGACAUACGCCAUACGUGGCCAUUGACUCCAGUUAUGAUAAACGUAUUCCGCGCAGAAUCCAUUUUCUACUGUGUUCCCGCACCGCAGAGUACGCUUUCCUGUGCACUGAAAAGAGGUAGGCUUACUCGUACCGAUCGAGCGUAUGCUGAGAGGUCAGCCUUUUGGCAUAAGCUGGGAGCCUGCGGAUACAAGAUGGAAUCAGAGUCUAACUUGCACAGUCUGACAUGGAAGGAAAUCUAGGAACAUUCGUACAAAAAUCCCCCCCAAAAAAGAUCCAAAUUGUUCAACAGUGUUCUGCAGGGCUUUAUAAAUAAAGUUGAUUGAAAUAAGGAACAAAUGUGCUCACAAGUUUGGUCCCUAAAAGAUCUCAAGGUUCUUCUCAAAAAUGCGGGUGAGCACCUGUAGGCGGAGGUCUAUCGAAAAGUGGGGCAGUUGCCCGUAGCAACUAAUCAUUCCACCUAUCAUUUCAAAGGUCUUUUGAAAAUGAAAGCAAGUUGCUAUGGAUAAAUACCAGUUCUGAUAAGGCUGUGUUCUCUUAAUGUUUUUGUUUCAAUAAACUUUAUUUAUAAAUACUCCAGAGACGCUCGUUAACAUCACGUUGCCAUUUAUGAAUAGUGCAGACUUGAGAGGAGCAGAUGUUUUCAAGAGAGGCUGCGUUCACCCUUCCGCUUCCCUCGUCAGUUCCAUCCCUCUUGGCGACAAAAUGGACACAGCUUUCCACGCUAUUUUUGAUGUCAAGACAGAAACCUUGAUGGAAUCCAGAUUCAACCUCAUUAAAAGCCAAUGGCGUCCAUCAGGCGCCCUUUGGAUCUGGUGCACGACUAAUCUGCAGUAGGCUUCAAUUGUGGCUUCCAUUUUGUCUAUGAAGCUCUAUCUGACACAGAGCAAGCCCUGGCCCCAGGAGCUUACAGUCUAACCUAAGUAUGUCAAAAAUAUCUCCUGUUUUAACACUGGGUCAUCAUCUGUAAGGGCAUUAGAACUAUUUUGGGUAAUGGUCCACGAACGCCUGUGCCCCUUUUAGGCUACAUGCACACGACCGUUGUGUGUUUUGAGGUCCGCAAAUCGCGGAUCCGCAAAACACGGAUGGCGUCCGUGUGCGUUCCGCAGUUUGCGGAACGGCACGGACGGCCAUUAAUAAACUGCCUUUUCUUGUCCCCAAAACGGACAAGAAUAGGACAGGUUAUUUUUUUUUUUUGCGGACCACGGAACGGAGCAACGGAUGCGGACGUCACACGGAGUGCUGUCCGCAUCUUUUGCGGCCCCAUU